AUGGGUAUCUCAAUAUUAAAACAGCCAUAUUUGGUUCAAAAGGAAAUACUUGAACAGAUGGGAUACAUGGAAUUGUUCGACUUGACAUUCAUGUCUCGUCCUCUGAAGUACACAGCUCACAGUCUGCACAUUCCAUGUAGCAUUUUUGGAUGGAGAGUUGGAUGCCCCGGGACAUCUAUAAAUAUCACUUUGAAGGAUUUGAAUCAGAGAAAUGUAAAAAUCGCAUUCAAAAUUGACAAAGUCCCAGCCACCACAAUGCGAAAAUUUGUGAAUUUCAAGCGAAAGUUGCCGAUCAAACGUUCCGGAAAACAAUUCGUAUUGAAAUGUGGAAAAGACGACUCUGAGAAUGUUCUAAUUCUGGAAGACUUAACCCAACAUCUUUUGAAUAUUCUUCGAGUUGAUGAUUUCUUGCUAGCGUCCCGUUUAAACCUUUCCGGAACGAAUAUUUUCGAGACAACUCAGAAAUUUGCGUCGUUGAAAUUAAUGAAUCAAGACCUGGCUGAAGAUGAAACAAGAAAAAUUUUGGAAUCUUUAGAGGUUGAUGAUUUACAUUUGAGUUUCACUGGACCAAAAAUUCGAGAUGGCCCAAAAGAUUUUGAGUUGAAACAUCCAAUCAUGGAAUUGGGCAAUGUCGAUUGGCUCUCUAUCCAGUCAAUACUGGCAGCUAAAUGUGAACGUCUUCUUCUAGGAAGAGUCAAUCACAUUACUCAAAAAGACUUCUCGGAUAUUGUCAGAACUUGGGCAAAUGGAGGAUUCGAGAAUCUUCAGGAGUUGAAACUUCAAGUUCCCUGGACUUGGGAAUUGAGCGAUGUGAGGGAUUCAUAUGUUUAUAGAGACGAUGUUUACAAAAGCUUUGCUGAUAUGGAUGUCACGAUCACCCACGCGUCAAGAGAUGGAGAUCAAAAAACAAUCAGACGUAAUUCUGACGGGAAAAGAGCUCAAAUCACUUUCAUGAAGACAUUCCAUUUUGUGGUACUACCGUAG